GCCCUGAUAUUUCGCCGCCAUUUCCUGCUUCGUUCUUUACGUCGCGGUCCUCGAGCAGGAGUAAAACGAAAAAAUGCAGCUGUAUAUUCGUGGCCAGGAAACGCACGUCCUCGAGUGCGAGGAGGAUGAUACAAUAUCCGAAAUCAAGGGACAAAUCGCAUCCCUUGAAAAUGUCGGAACGUUGGAUUUCAACCUUUACUGCGGUGGAAACUUAGUGACCGAAGAUGUGGCUAUUGCUGAACUUCCAUCAACCGAUCUUGAGAUGAUUGUCCCCAUGCUUGGAGGUAAGGUGCAUGGAUCGCUUGCUCGUGCUGGUAAAGUAAAAGGACAAACACCUAAGGUUGAAAAACAAGAAAAGAGGAAGAAGAAAACUGGCCGUGCAAAGAGAAGGAUUCAGUACAACCGAAGGUUUGUCAAUGUUGUACAAACAUUCGGUCGUCGACGUGGACCCAACGCCAAUCCCAAUCCUUAAGCAUUUCACGUUAACUGUAUCACUUCUGAGAUACUGUAAUAUGUAAUUUCUACAAUCAAUACACAAUCUGUGAAAAAGGU